CUAGGUGACGCAGCAGAGUCUGAUGAGUCGGUGGUGGACCGCAGCUAUGUCAAGAAGAAGCUGGAGCAUGGACUGACACGCAUCUGGCAGGACGUCCAGUUGAAAGUGAAGGCCUAUAUCUUGGGGACAGACAUGUCUAACUUUAAAUACGAUGAUUUCAUCGUGGUACUUGAUGUCAUCAGCAGGUUGAUGCAGGUGGGGGAGGAGUUCUGCAGCAGUAAGUCAGAGGUCCUGCAGGAGUCUAUCAAACGCCAGAGUGUCAACUACUUUAAAAACUAUCACAGGGCACGACUGGAAGAGCUGAGGAUGUUUCUGGAAAAUGAGACGUGGGAACUUUGCCCAGUCAAGUCUAACUUUAACAUCUCCCAGCUCCAUGAGUUUAAGUUCAUGGGCCAGUGUCGUUCUCCGUCCGUUUCCCCGAGCAGACAGGCCGUUUCCUCCAGCAGCCCGGCUCAGGACGAGCUGUCCCUGUUUCAGCAGUUUCUUCAGGAGGGAAACCCCUUUGAGCUGCCUACUGAAAAAGAGGAGGAGACAGAGGACGUGCUGGCAUCCAACGGGUACGAGUCAGACGAGCUGGAGAAGAAUGUGUAUCAAGAAUACGACAGCGAUAGUGAUGUCCCUGAGGAGCUCAAGCAAGACUACGUUGACGAGCAGACGGGCGAUGCCCCCCUCAAGAGUGCGUCCAGAGAGACUAUAAGAAGCAAGAAAAGGUCUGACUACAACCUUAAUAAGGCCAACGCGCCGAUCCUCACAAACACCACCCUCAACGUCAUCCGGCUUGUCGGGAAGUAUAUGCAGAUGAUGAGCAUUCUGAAGCCGAUCGCCUUCGAUGUCAUCCACUGUGUGUCGCAGCUCUUUGACUACUACCUGUAUGCUGUUUACACCUUCUUCGGACGGAAUGACAUGCCUGUCCCAAGCCCGUCUUUGCCGACUCAUUUAGGCAGAGACGUGGGCCCCGCCCGGGUGGUGGGCCCUGCCUGCUUGUAUGAGUCAUCGGGUCUGGGCCUUAUCAGCAGCAGACUGAGAACCACACUGAACCGGAUCCAGGAGAACCUCAUUGACAUGGAGGCAUUGGGGGAGACUUCAGGAGUCCAUGGAGCAGCGGAGGACAGGAAGGAGAAGGUGCCCAGCCCCCACCUCAGCCAAAUGGUGGUCCUCACCAACAGUGGGACUCUUUAUGGGCUCGCACAGAGAGUGGUGGCCACUGAAUCUCUGGUGUUUCUGGCUGAACAGUUUGAAUCCCUUCAGUUCCACCUGGACACGAUGAUGCCGGCAGCCAAGAAGCCCUUCCUGCAACAGUUUUACUCCCAGACGGUUUCUACAGCCAGUGAACUUCGGAAACCAAUUUACUGGAUUGUUGCGGCUAAGGCCAUCGACUAUGAACAAAUGUUGCUCCUGAUGGCUGGAGUUAAAUGGGACAUUAGAGAGAUAAUGUCCCAGCAUAAUGUUUACGUGGACGUCCUGUUGAAGGAGUUCGAGCAGUUUAACAAACGUCUGGAGGAUGUUUCCAGACAUGUACGCAUCCCCCUGCCUGUGUCCAACGUCCUGUGGGAGCACUGCAUCCGCCUGGCCAACAGGACUCUAGUAGAGGGCUAUGCUAAUGUGAAGAAAUGCAGCAAUGAGGGUCGGGCUCUGAUGCAGCUCGACUUCCAGCAGUUCCUCAUGAAGCUGGAGAAGCUGACCGACCUGCGACCCAUCCCUGAUAAAGAGUUUGUCGAAACCUACAUCAAGGCCUACUACCUGACGGAGAACGACAUGGAGCAGUUUAUCAAGAACCACAGGGAGUACUCCAUGAAGCAGCUGGCCAACUUGGUGAACGUUUGUCUGGGUUCACACAUUAACAAGAAGGCUCGUCAGAAACUGCUGGCCGCCAUCGAUGACAUUGACAGACCCAAGAGAUAGGCUGAUGAACGUAGCAGACCCUGAACACAUCAUCCAGCCACGGAGACGGACACUCCAACAGAGGAACUCCCACAGUGGAGCGCAGCGCUGAAUGUCUUCAUUUUCACUUUUUCGCGAAUAUGUUGUUGUGUUUGAUCUGUACAGCACAUACAGACGAAGAGCUCCUGUAGGCAGAGAUGUAAAGCUCAAAUGUUAGCCAAAUGCUAAUAUCUGUUGUUGUGGUAAAAAAUAAAACUUGAUGUCACUGCAGUUACUCUAUGCUUACAGUAGAUGAACCAUAAUGCAUGCCCCCAUCAAGUUGUCAUUUAACAAACAUGCUGUGCUGAAGGUUUUCCUACAAAUUGUCUGCAACAACAACAACAACAACAACCAUUUGAACCUCUUUAACGACCAUAAGCAACAGAUAUAUUACUACAAACACAAGAUCUAUCAGUGUAGUGUGACCAUUUGGCUGUUUAUGGCAUUCCAUCUGUUUAACAGAAUGUUAUUAAUUUUCUGAUACAACUCUAACCUUGAGCUGAAUUCAUUUGUUUGUCGCAUAAUGUUGUAAAGUGUUGUGGUAAUAUCGUCCCAAGGAUAGAUCCAAGAAGCGUAAGGCACCUUUACUUUCUUGAUUGAUAUCCAAUAGAUCUCGCGUUAAUCAUUCAUCACAUAAGUUAUUCCCUCCUUAAUGUCCUGUGUUUUUAUUUCACUUCAGGGUAUUUGUUGUGCCUGAACGCUCUGCUUCUUUUUUCUGUUUCUUUUGUCGAUGAAUGACAUAAAUCUAAUAUAAUGAAGGUUCCGAAAAUAAUAUAAAUUGCUGUAGUUAGCAUUAAUAUAGAGUAAAUCUGAACUAGCUACAUUUGUUUGUUUUCCAUUUGUCAAAUAUGAGGUUUGUGAAAGAGAUGAUCUUGACAUUCAGUCUCCGGCCUUUUUGCUGUGUAAGUUUGUGCAGUCAGGUACUAAUGAUGUGAUUCCUCAUGAGUUAGUAGUUGAUCUGUGUCGACUACGACUGCUUUCUGUAAGGCCCCCCCCGCUCCACUCCUCUCCAUUAGUUUAACUGGACCAGACCUGCUGAGUGGGCAGAUUUGCGGGGGGGGGGACUGCUGUAACAGUUUUUGAUAUGGCUUCAAAAUUGUGUGUUGCAACUAUUACAAAAAGAAAACUGUAAAUGUGAAUGUUUUGAACAACGUCAGUAUUUAUUUCUCGCUUUGUGUCUCGUUUGGGUUUUUAUAUGAUAACUGGACAUGUGCUUGUCAUGUAUCACCUGAAGCUAAUGCAAAUAUUUAAACAUUGUCAAAUAAAGUCCACUAGUGAAAAUCAGUAAUCGGUGUUGGAUGUGUAGGUUGAACCAAAAAUGAUUCUGUGGUAAUAAACACACUAACAAUGGA